AUGGCCAGUUUCAUCACCACCUUGUUGAAGGGCAAGACCCCCGCGCGUCCCUCUGCUCCGACCAUAUCCUCGGCCGCGAGCGACGGCCGAGACCCCCAUAGCCCCGCCAACCGCAGCCCCACCAACGGUAUCCCCGCCAACCACCCGCCUGUGCUGUACGGACCAGGCCCCCCAAACUCCAACCCCUAUGCGCCGGGUGGCGGCUGGCCCGCUGCCCUCAGGAUCUCUCCCAAAGAGCUCUUUCGCAACCCGACCCACGCCCUCCGCUCCCCAGAACCAGUCGACUCCCCGAACCCCGCCGACGGCCACGACGAUCUCUUCGACGAGGAGUGGCACAACCAGCUCAUGGACCGCAUCAACUCGAUCCUCGGCUAUCAUGCCACCUCGAGUACGCUCCGCAACAUCGGCCACGACUUCCACGCCAACGAGGCCAUCUACUCCUCCGACUACGAGGUCACGAAGGUCGCCGACUUGCUCGUGGAAAAGAUUGGUCACCACAGCGCCCACAAGAUCGAGAAGCUGAUCUUGUACGCGCGCCACUGGCCGCUCAAGCGCAUCGUGCGCCUCGCGCCAGUUCCCAACACCGAGGCGGAGCACCCCGACUGGGCAAGGGACCGCGAGUCGCCCACUAGAGGUCGAAGCCGGGCCGUCCGGCAUGCGCCGUACACCGUGAGUUCAAAUGCCGUCAGCCACACUGACAUCCAGGUCCCUCCGGCCCGCAGGCCCAAGCUGAACCUCCCCGAGCCCAUCUCGCCACUGGCGAACCGCCGCACCCACGAGUGCGACCACCCCCCUUCCCGGCUCGCCGAACGCCGCCUCGCCACUCGUGCUGCCCGCGAGCCGACACCCAGGCGCAUCACCAUUCCGGGGUACAUGAACGGCGGGACGGGCAACAGCCGCCCGGCGUCGCGCGACCCCACACCCGCCGCGUCGCGUGUGAUGCCCGGUCCAAGCGACGCCUCGUCCUCCACCCGACAGGACCUUGGUGGCGGUUCGUCGUCCCGCCCGUCGAAGCGCAAGUACGACGACGGCAGCGAGGACGAGGACGACGCGUCCGAGCGUGCGGUGCGCGACUAUCCCGUUGCCAACCGCCCGCACCAGAACGCGAUGCCUUCCGGCGCCCGCGUCGUUGAAACCUUCUCGGCCGCCGUGUCGGCCGCCACCCUCCGCGACCGGGAGAUCAAGGCGAAGCAGGAGCGUUUCGCGGCCGAGGCGGAGAUCGCCCGCGAGGCCGCCAUGCAGAGCCGUAUCGCCGACCGCCUGCCCAAGCGCGCCUGUGGGGUCAAGCGUGAGAGGAGCAGCAGCGCCGCCUCGUCUCCCACGCUGCCCAGCAGCUCGCGGGCCGCCUCGCCUCCGCGCAUCCCACUGGUGGACGAAGACGAGGUAGUGGUCAAGACCGAGCCUAUUUUCCCCGUGGUCAAGUCCGAGCCCGUUUCUCCUGUGGUCAAGGUUGGCCCCGCCUCCCUUGCCGAGCGGGUCGCCUCCAACCCCCUCAACAGGUCCCAGGCGAAGCGCGGCCGCAAGUCACGCGGCGCUGAAGCCUCCGAGGCCCGCGCAACCCCGACGCGUACCCUCCCCCGCCGCGAGGGCCGCGGCCAGCGCCGCCCGACCCCCAUUGACGAGAUGUACGUCUCGUACUAG